UUUUUAAAUUGAAGUUCAUUUGCCUCGUAGAACACCGAAAAGGCUACCGUAUCUUCGUUUAUGCUGUUCGGAGACUGAAUUUCUGUGUUAGAUUCCACAAAAACCAGUCUGAACAAAAAAGUGUUGUCCAAAAAAACACGUUUUCCUGUAGGAAAUUCUACGUCACUUGCAGAGCGGAAAAUUUUCCAGCUCACACAAUGACUUUCUGCAUCUUUUUUGUUUUUGAAAUCUCACAAUGACUGACAUCGCAGGUUAUGCUUAUGGCGCCAUAGUAUUUGCUGGUGGCUUGGUAGGAUAUUUGAAAGCUGGUAGUUCAGUAUCAUUGCUUUCAGGCAGUGUCUUUGGUUCUUUGGCGAUGUUAGGUGCUUAUAACGUGUCAAACAAUCCCAAAAAUGUGUAUGUAGGCUUCUUAACGAGCUUGGCAUUGUUCAUGGUAAUGGGACAACGUUUCUAUAACGGAAGAAAGUUCAUGCCAGCCGGCCUUGUCACAACGCUUAGCUUGAUUAUGUUUGUACGCUACGGUAUGCGUUUGAUUUAAGCAAAACAAUGAGCACGCCUCUUUUCUUCAGGCACAGCUCAAUGUGACGUAAAUUGAUAUGAUAGUGUGACUUUACGCUUAAAGUAUAUAACAUGAUGUGUCAAGCACUUUUAAUAAACUGCAUCCUUUAGACAUCGAUCCUUGAGAAAUUGUACUAACGCGUUUCGGGUCUCAUUUCUACCGACAGAAACCUUAUGCAUGAUCUGUAUCUUGAU